AUGAUAAUGAUGAAUAUCUUAUGUUUAUCUUAAUAGGAGAUGUUGAACAGAUAUAUGAUUCAAUUAAUAAGACAUUUGGUUAUAAUUUUAUUAUGAUUAAUGAUCAAUUAGAUUUUAGUUUAAAAAAUAAUCAUGAUUCUCAUACAUUAGUCAUUAAAGAAUUUGUACAGAAAAAAUGA